CCGUGUUAGGUGUCCCUUCUGUGAAGUGUACAAGUAUCUCAUUCAUAAUCUGUGCCACAUUAACGGUUCGUGCGCGUAAAGUAAACGUGAAAACAACUUUUUCCUCGAUAUCCUACUCCGUUGACGCCUUUCUCUUCGAUACUUUCCAUGUGUAUUGCGUUACUGCUACGGAAACAUCUGUAUAUUUCAAUAUGUACACAUGCACCGCCACAUUGUGAAUGGGAAUUAUCAAGUUAUAGUUAGGUGGGAUACAGAUAGAACCCUAGAUGGAUUCGGUAUUUAACAUUCUCAUCUUUGAAUGUAAACAUAGAGAACAACUAACUAAUAAACUGAAACAAUGUCUAGAAGGAUUCCCAAUAAAAUUAAGAAAACAUAUUGUAUCUAGAAUGAAGGAUGAUUGUGCACCCUUAUUCAUCGCAUGCAAAAGGGGAACUGUGGCAAUUGUGGAAUACCUUAUCAGUGUGUGUCAUGCAAAUAUUGAACAAAAAGGAAAAUAUGAAAUCCCGAAUGAUCCGUCUGUACAUUAUGUUACUCCAUUAUGGUGUGCUGCAAUUUCUGGGAAACUUCCAGUCAUGAAAUGCUUGAUAUUCCAUGGAUCUGAUGUCAAUGCAGUCUCUGAUUCUGGUUCCACUCCAGUGAGAUCGGCUUGUUUUACGACUCAAAUAGAUAUUGUUUCAUACUUAGUCGAAAAUGGUGCUAACAUACAUAAAGCUAGUUAUAAUGGUGGUACAUGUUUGAUAAAUUCUGUACAAAGCGUGGAACUAUGUACUUUUCUCGUGGAAAAUGGAGCUGAUGUAAAUGCCACAGAUAUUCAGAAUAAGACUGCUCUACAUUUUGCCAUCCAAGAGCAUAGACUUGAAACUACUAAAUUUCUUUGUGAAAAUAAUGCGGAUCUUCAUAUCAGAUCUAGAUAUAACGAUGAUGCUCUUCAGACAGCUUGCCUGGAAGGGGCCGAUAAAAUUUUUACGUAUCUAGUGAACAAAAUAUCUUAUUCGCCCGAGAGAUUGGCAGAUGCAACUGAAUUAAUGGGGUCGACAUUUUUUAAUGAUUAUGAUGAUGUUGAAAUGGCACUAAAAUAUUGGAGAUCUGCAUUGGCUAUUAGAAAUGCUAAUGUAGUUGAUGGUGUUCCUCUACCAAAAAGGCCGGUAUUACCAAAACGCGAUACACACGAAAAUGCAACUGAAUUUACAACAUUAGAGGAGCUUAAUGCAAUCCAAUUUAAUUUUGAUGCCCUUGCAACACAGAGUCUAUUAAUAUGUGAACGAAUAUUAGGUCCUCGACACAAAAACACAUUGUAUCGAUUAAUGUUCAGGGGGGCCUCGUAUGUAGACGUUUUAAGAUAUCAACGCUGUAUAGAUUUAUGGCGGCGAACACUAGAAAUUAGAGUGGAGAAAGAUUCGAUUUUGUAUAUAGAUACAUGUUCUAUAGCUGAAAGCUUGUUAAAACUUAUGAUUGAUUUUAAAGAGAAAACAUCAGAACGUCGUAAUCGAAAUAAAGAAGAACCAAGGUUUUCUGAUGUAGUGGCGAUAUUUAAAUUACUUGUCAGUCAAUUAACAGAAGCCAAAGAAUUAUUGCAGAUUCAGCCAGUGUAUAAACUACAUCAAGACAGUUAUAAUGGAAUCAUAAAAUGUAUAACACAUCUUAUCUAUUUAUUAGUAGAGACAGGAAAGUUGGAUGAUCAAAAAGCAAUAACUAGACAGUUAGUGUACGACUUAAUUAAACAAAAUCCUAGGACAGCGGUAUUAAAAGAUACAAUUCUGCAUCUUUGUGUUUCUGAACAGAAUACAAUUGAGACUACUUACAUCUAUACUAGUCGCACCCAUAUAAUUUUUCCACAUUUAGGAGUGGUUAAAUUACUUCUGGAAUGUGGAGCAAAUGUCAAUGCUAUGAAUAUAAAGCGAACCACACCGCUACAUAUAGCAAGCAGCCGAUUUAAUUUUGAAAAUUCUCUAAUCAAAUUGUUAUUGGACUAUGGAGCGCAUAUAGAUGUAGUGGAUAGAACAGGAGAAACUCCGAUACAGAUGAUCGUUUCCAAUUCAGCAAUUAAGAUGAACCUUGCAAAUUAUAUGAGCCUUAAGUGUUGGGCGGCCCGGGCUAUUCUAAAAUGCGGCAUUCAGUGGACAGAAUUGCCUGUCUCGCUUCACCAAUUCGUACAAUUUCAUAAAAAAUCGUAAGAUAUACCGUGAAGAUAACGUGAGUUUGAAUUUUCUUCUUUUCUUCAUUCUAGUGCUAAAUUCGUUUGAAAAAAGAC